UCAUUCUGCUACGCGUGUGCUAGUGGAGCAGCGGCGAAAAGGGCGUUUGCUGAGGCAGCAAGGUGGUGCGUAAACGGUCUGACCGCGCGUCAGCAAGAUAGACUAAAGUGGGGGUUCCAUCGUCCCACUCAAGAUGACAUAAAGUCGCAUUGAGUUUAGCCAAGACGGUGUAGCAGCCGUUGCAAAGAAAAUAGUGUAAACAAUUAUCAGGCAGAUAAAAUAUUGAUGUUCCUACCGAAAUCGGCCAAAAUAAUCUGGUCACACUGCCAUAUUUGACGGCCGAUGUCAGCUCACUGUCAACAGAUCGUGCUCAAGAUUUUCUCGACAUCCCAAAAUCUUCUAGCAUCCGUUCUCGAAGCGAUAAGGACGAUUCCGUGAAUUAAAUAAACCGAAGAUGCUGACCAACCAGAUUCUAUCCGCUGCCCGGAUUGUUGGACUGCAGACACGCCGUAAUUACGGUGUCUCCGCUGUACUGCUGGCUAAGGCAAGCGAUCCAAUCCAGCAGCUGUUCGUGACCAAACUCCGUGAAUACGCACAGAAGAGCCAGAGCGCUGGUGGCAAACUAGUUGAUGCUACACCGGAAAUCCAGCGUGAAUUGAAGCAAGAGAUGGAGAAACUGGCCAAGCAGUACGGAGGUGGUCAGGGCGAAGAUAUGACUGCCUUCCCCGCCUUCAAGUUCGAGGAGCCCAAAAUUGAUCCGAUCAAUUCCAGCGCUUGAAUGGUGCCCGGUCAUCUAAAAGCAGGCAUCUUUAAAUAGGAAAUAACAUUAUCACUGCUUCUGAAACAGAUGUAAAAUAA